AUUGUUGCUGCAUUGACUCGGUGGGAUCCCUUUCACCGACUUCCUCUCCAGGCCGUGUUGUCUGCAUCGCUCCCGGACUGUCCCGUCCCGCUGACCGAGGUGGCGGGGCGUGUGUCCGGUGUCCGGUGAGGGGGUCGCUUCUCCCCCUCACCCCCCCCCCCCCGUCCCUCCCCGGGGGCGGGGCCGCCCCGCCCGGCGCCGCUUUGCUGCAGCCUGACGUCACUGCCCGCAGUCAGCGGUCGGCGGCGGCGGCGGCGGGACCGACACCGGCGGAGGGGCGGAGGCAGCGGCCACCGACCACCAGCGACCAGCGGAGGGAGAGGGACGGACGGACGGACCCGCGGCUCUCGGCCUUAUCCUCCGGCGCUGCCGCUUCCCGCAGCCGGGGCCCGCAUCCCGCGGCCAUGAGCGCUCCGUCUCCCCGCGGCACCGUUAACCCUGUGGUGUGAGUGCUGAUUCAGUACGGCUGACAAUGGCGAGCUGCGAGUCCCUCAGCAGCCCGGUGGUCCGACAGAUCGACAAGCAGUUCCUCGUCUGCAGCAUCUGUCUGGACCGGUACAACAACCCCAAGGUCCUGCCCUGUCUUCACACAUUCUGCGAGAGGUGCCUGCAGAACUACAUCCCCCCCCAGAGCCUGAGCCUCUCCUGCCCUGUGUGCCGACAGACCUCCAUCCUCCCCGAGAAGGGGGUGGCCGCCCUCCAGAACAAUUUCUUCAUCAGCAACUUGAUGGAGGUUCUGCAGCGAGACCCGUCAUGCAGCCGGGAGGAGGCAUCCAUGAAGGCCACGGUGGGAGCCGUCUCAGGGCACUCCCUGUCCUGCCCCAACCACGAGGGCAAGGUGAUGGAGUUUUACUGCGGCCCCUGUGAGACAGCCAUGUGCAGGGAGUGCACGGAGGGUGAGCACCGCGAACACCAGACUGUGCCACUCAAGGACGUGGUGGAGCAGCACAAGACUGCCCUCAAGAAGCAGCUGGACACCAUCAAAAGCCGCCUCCCACAGCUGAGCGCGGCCAUCGGGCUGAUCCACAAGAUCUGCCAGCAGCUGACGGAGCACAAGGACGAGGCGGUGGGCGAGGUGAGCCGCACCUUCGAGGAGCUGGAGCAGCUCCUGCGGCAGCGCAAGGCCAGCCUAAUCCAGGGCCUGGAGAACAUCUGCAGCAGCAAGCAGAAGGUCCUUCAGACCCAGCUGCAGCACCUGGUGCAGGGCCGGGAGAAGAUCCGGAGCAGUUCAGAGUUCACCGAGCAAGCGCUGAGCCAGGGGACGGAGGCGGAGGUGCUGCUGGUGAAGAAACAGAUGAAUGAGACGUUGAGUGAGUUGGCCGAGGAGGAGUUCCCGCUGCAGCCUCAGGAGAACCAGCACCUGGAGUGUGUGGUGGAGACUGAGGUGGUACGCAAGUCUCUGCAGAACCUGGGCGCUCUCAUCACCACCAGCGCCGUAGCCCGGCAGACGGUCGCCUCGGGUGAAGGCUUGCGGAACACCGUGGUUGGCCAGCAGACCACGGUCACCAUAACAACCAAGGACAAGGAUGGUGAGCUGGUGAAGACGGGCAACGCGGACGUUCAGGCCCAGAUCGUGGCUCCGGACGGCAGCUCAGCCGAGGGCGAGAUUGUGGACAACAGGAACGGCACCUAUGACCUGCUGUACACCCUGAGGUCCGAGGGUGACCACACCCUGUCCGUCACACUGUACGGACAACCGGUCAAGGGGAGCCCCUUCCGGGUCCGAGCUGCCAAACCCUCGGAACUAUCCCACUCGCCGGACGAUGUCCGGCGCAGGGUGAAGUCACCGGGCAGUGGCCACAUCCGGCAAAAGGCUGUCCGACGGCCAGCUAGCAUGUACGGUACCGGCAAAAGGAAGGACAAUCCCAUCGAGGACGAGCUGAUCUUCCGCGUGGGAAGCAGAGGCCGGGAGAAGGGAGAGUUCACCAACCUACAGGGUAUUUCCGCCUCGGGAAAUAACCGCAUCGUGGUUGCUGAUAGCAACAACCAGUGUAUCCAGAUAUUCUCCAACGACGGACAGUUCAAGCUGCGCUUCGGAGUCCGAGGCCGAUCUCCGGGGCAACUUCAGCGUCCCACCGGUGUGACCAUCGACCCCAACGGGGACAUCAUCGUGGCCGAUUACGACAACAGAUGGGUCAGCACGUUUGGUCCCGAUGGCAAAUUCAAGAGUAAGAUUGGUGCUGGAAAGCUGUUGGGUCCGAAGGGUGUGGCAGUCGACCGGAACGGCCACCUGAUUGUGGUUGAUAACAAGGCCUGUAGCGUCUUCAUCUUCCAGUCCAACGGGAAGCUGGUGACACGGUUUGGGACCCGCGGCACUGCAGACAGACAGUUUGCAGGUACACUGGACGAUUCUACUCCUCACCUACAUGUUAGGGGCAAUUCACAGCAGCCAGUUAAUCCACCGACCCACACAUCUUUGGGAUGUUCGAGGAAACCGGAGCACCUGGAGGAAACCCACACGGUCACAGGGAGAACGUGCAAACUCCACACAGACAGCACCCAAGGACCACACUUUGUUGCUGUCAACAAUAAGAAUGAGAUCCUGGUGACUGAUUUCCACAAUCAUUCGGUGAAGGUUUAUAAUUCCGAUGGUGAAUUUCUCUUCAAGUUCGGGUCCCAUGGUGAGGGGAAUGGACAGUUCAACGCCCCAACAGGAGUGGCUGUGGACACCAACGGGAACAUCAUUGUAGCUGACUGGGGUAACAGCCGAAUACAGGUAUUUGACAGCUCUGGAUCCUUCCUGUCGUACAUUAACACAGCAGCAGACCCUCUGUACGGACCUCAGGGGCUGGCGUUGACCUCUGAUGGACACGUGGCUGUGGCAGACUCGGGCAAUCACUGCUUCAAGGUUUACCGAUAUCUGCAGUGAUGGAGAUGGGACGUUGCCUCUGUAGUACAGCAGGGUCUGAGCCGAGGACCUGUGUGAUUGUAAAUACAACCGAGCCAAGCAGAGAGAUGCUGGCCCCAGGAGAGGGCCGAGAGACCAGCAACUGGCUGUUCACACCCACUGGCCACACCGCAUCUGCUCCGAGUGGUCUGGUCACUGGCCCAAGAGCAGCUGGACGCCAGGCCCUCGCUCUGUCCCAGGCCAGUUUGACCACACACCAGAACGUUCACUGUCCACAACCACCAAAUGUACAGUGGUUCCUGGAGACUGAGAGGAUGUCGUUACAGGAGGACGCAACCUGGACACAGUGACCCCACUGACCCAUCCCCCAGUGAGGGUCAGUGUGUGUGGGACCUGCCCCCAGUGAGGGUCAGUGUAUGUAGGACCCGUCCCCCAGUGAGGGUCAGUGGGUGUGUGUGGGACCCGUCCCCCAGUGAGGGUUAGUGGGUGUGUGUGGGACCCGUCCCCCGGUGGGGGUCCGCGAGUGUGUGUGUGUGUGGGACCCGUCCCCCACUGGGGGUCCGCGUUUGUGUGUGUGUGGGACCCGUCCCCCACUGGGGGUCCGCGUGUGUGAUUCCCAGGAGUCCCCCCCACUAUUGGUGUCUGUGGUCAGUUGUCUGCUCGCUGGGUAACUGAGGUGGGGAAGAGGCUUCUUUCAGAAUUUAAUUUGAGGAGGAAGCCUUCGGUCAGUGGCCUGGGGUUACCCAGUCUCUGCUGUCCUUACCUUGGCCUCUGGACACUUCCCAGGGGAAGCAACAGCUCCACUCUCCAUCGGCAUCAUUGACCAUCUCCCUGUGACCCUGGUUCAGAGCUCCCUCUACAUUUACCCUGGGAGUCAAACAUCAACUGAGGGUCACACUGGGAGGGGCAGUACUGAGGGAGAGUCCCACUGAGGGAGGGUCACACUGUGGGAAGGCCUAUGUUGUGGGACUCUCACACCUGGGCAUCCCAUACAUGAUGGAAUGUUGACCUCCUCCUCUGAUUCCUUCUGUCAACCAGUCUCCAGCUCUCAGUGAAGCCUCUCCCCCCGAUAUGCCCCCUGAUCUGCCUACCCCCUGCCACUGUGGGGGGGGGGGGGGGGGGGGGGGGGGGAGGGGGCCAGCAAACAGGCCCCUCUGAAUGGAGCGAGAGUGCCCACCUCACUUCACCCCUCCCCUCCCACAUGAAGGAAAGGGUUCCCCUCGUCCAGGGAGAAGGUGCACUGAUCAUGACUGCCCAUCCCCACCCUGGUGCCUUGGAGGGGAGGGGUUUAAGAGGGGAGGCAGGCUGCUCUGAUCGACUCCCGGUGAGGACUUUCUGUAAAAAUAUAAAAUUAAAAUAUUUGCAAAGUGG